UUGUGCAAGACAAUAGAAAUUGGAGCGUGUCUGCAGCUGGUACACAACCACCACACAGCAGACCUUUUUAUCAGCUACAAAGCAACAACAACAGGAAGGUUUCCUGUUGAUAAGGUACUGAAUCUAAGGAUCUAAGGAUACAGUUGGACCCAGGGGAGGAUAUGACACCAGAAAAGCCAAGCACACACAAUCUGUGCGCACAACUUUAUGCCAUUCAACCCAAAGCUUGGCCCGAAGUUGCUGUUUGACAGCUGGAGUCUUGUGGCUGACAAUAUCCUCAGCAGCACAACUAGAAGUCCAGAUGGAUCCAUUACUCCUUUGCACGGAUGACGGAACGCGGUCACCACCAGCUCUUACGGACAGUCUAACUGAGGAUUUAGACCCUCUUUCUCUUUUGCAAAGUCCCACAGUAAACAUGCCGUCUGAAUACGAGACGGGAGCAGAGGCAGCUCUCUCAGACCCCAAAAACAACUCCACUGAUCCGUUAUCAAAUGUUUCCAAAUGCCCCUCUCAGGAGAGAAGCACGGACUGUCUGGAGCCUUCAUCAUCCAGCUAUAAUAUGUCAGAGUGUUUGUCACUUUGCUCUGAGCCUGCACCAAAGGAUGAUGAUUUCAGGGUUUGUAGCUAUUUUGGCUCAUCAGAACCUGUAUUACCUCUUUUACCUCACUUCUCUCAUGAUCUUAUUUCCCCUCUAUCUGAAUCUUUUUCAGAGUUUCACGUUAAAGAACCAGCCCUCUCCCUUUCUCUCGUACAAGGAAAUAGUACAUCUCAACCUACAUCUACUUCUGAGGGUUCGAUGGAGCCGUCUGUCACUGAGCCUCUCUCCGGCUCUGAACACAGUCGAGCCACUAACCUAUUAAUGUCAUUAUGGCAUCAGUCAGAUAGUUUAGAGAGUGAUACGGCUAUGGCGCCUGUGUCAGACCUUUAUAUCUACGAGGGUGAGACACAGGACUUCAUCUUGAGCCAUGACGUAGAUCCCCAGGAGAUCCAAUGUCCUGAAUACCAGCCAUUAUCACAAACGGGGGGAGAAAACCCUGACUGCAAUACACACGUCCUGAUAUGUGAUUCAGACAAUGUGGUGACACGAUGUCAUCGCAGCUCUAAUGACGAACGAGCUAUGGUGGACUAUGAGUCAGACGUGAGCCAACACGCAAGGCUAAGGCCACCUGCUGCGGAUGCCUGUGAGGCAGGCUUGAUGUCGGUAAAUGAUGGUGGGCGAGGAAAAGCAGAGGUCGCUGAUCUAACCCCCCAACCGAGGCGAAGCGACAGCCCUAUCGAGCUGUGGCUGGACGCAUGCCAGUAUCUGGCAGGUGAGGAUACAGAAGAUAGGAAUACAGGACAUUCUGUGAUGCAAGCAUUGCUCACCGGUGACUUGUCUUUUCCCCCAGGAGAGACACAAGUGUCAAGUUACAACCCUGAUGGUAGCGAGGGGAUUGGCUGGUCCAGCGAUGACACCAGAGGUUGGGGACCACCGGUUGAGAGGUGGUCAUCGGUGGACAGCUGGGCUAGUGCACUCUCCGACUGGACCGGGAUCAUCGCGGCUCCACCAGAGGACUUCACAGCUGCCUUCACAGAGAUAGGGGCCGAGAUAGAUGCUCUGACACAGGCACUAGCGGAGGAUAAUACUCAUAUAGAAACAGACACGUCUAAAGGAGGAAAGGGUCAAGAGUCGCAGCCACCCAUGGGUGUCCAGGAUCAGCCUUUAGAGGCGCAAAACGUCCCAGAGAGCUCCGUCCUCUCUUGGCAGAGCUGUUUCUCUUUGUGCCUCGAAGCCGCGGGACCUGAGCUCCGAGACAGAGAGGCCUCCCGGAGCGUUGAAUCCUUGUGCGAUUCAACAGCCAGAGAAAAGGAGCGGGAAGAAAUCCGGAGCAGCCAGGCCGAGCACUCUCCACACCCCACACACCAGCACUCAUCCAUGGGAUCAUCCGGUGUCACGGUAGCCUCUCUCUCCGGAGGAUACGGUGUAGAUGUGAUCCCUGGAUCUUCUGCUGAUCUAGGUCUUUCUCACUUUGGUGGAUUUGUCGAGUCGGACAUUUUCAUCAGCAAUGAAGAAGAUCCAAUCAUACUGAAUAUAACAGAGGAUACAGAUUCGGAGGGACAAAAUACACCUGGAGAGCUGAUAAUUGAGGAGCCCUUUGGAGAUGAAGUGCGUGAAGUGACAGAUGAACACAGUGUCUCCGAGCCGCGCUCGGUGACCAAGCGGGAAGUCAAAAGCAGCCGUGGGCCAGCUGAGGUUGACCGUCAGGCAACCGAUCCUUCGACAGAUCUCCGUUCCCUCACCGCACACACUCUGACAAACUCGCACGUGCCAGGUGUGCACACACAACCUAGUGUUCACACACACGUGUCGUCUGACACUUUACCGGACCUUGACGGGGCAUGUCAGGUGGAGCCACAGUGGGGAAGUCCUAAGUUUAUUAUGCCCUUAGCUCCUCUCGGUGCCUUAGCGCUCAGCUCUCUCGUCUGUCGGACAAACCAACGUUUUGAAGGAGAUCAAACCUGUGCCAAAGGGUCUCUCGAUGACAACAGAGACUCCAGUUGUGAUCACAUACAACCCUGCGUUCUCUUGCCGACCUCGGAUGGGAUUACUGACAAAACAUCUCUGCAAGGCGAUGAGUUGAUUCGCAAAAAGGGAAAUACAAGAAAGUGUGCUGAGAAGUCUCCACCAGUGGGACGACUGACAAUUGAGGAGAUUCAUGAGCUCGGUAGAGAACUAUCAAACUUGGUUUAUGUCCCUGCGGAUCAUUUCAUCGUCUCAGAGACCGACCGCGUUGCAGUUUUUACUUUAGAUUUAAAUGACCCAUUUGUCUCCAGGCCCGUAAAACCCAUCGCCAUACAAUCUGAGUGGAAUCAUAAAACAGCUGAAAAGAUGCCGCACAGAUCCCAUAAAUCCUCCGCGGAGAGCAAAGCACGCUCCAAAAAGGACAAAACAGCCGUUCAUCAUCACGGUGUACAAGCUUCCAAGAAACAGGAGAAUUCAUCUCAUGUUUCAGCCCAGCAGGUCUGCAAACCGCAAGAAACUCUUUCUGGGGAUAAUCACACCAGCGAGAACACUCCAGUCGUGCUCGAGGACGAGGAGGCUAAAUUGGUGAUCGAGACCAGUGUGGCGCCUGAGAAGGCUCCAAGCAAGCCACACGGCAAGAAGAAAAAGAAACACGUCACGAAUGCAACGGGGUUGAAAAGUGUAGCGGAGCCACUGGUUGAAGUGGAGAAUGGAGCGAAACCAAAGACCGCAAAAGGAAGGAUUGAUAUGUUUGAGGCCAAGUUCGGCGCUAAGGCUGGGAAAGCUCAAAAGGGCAGCGAUCAGUCGGAUGAAAAGAAGUCUCAGCAACCAGAGGCUAAAGCUAAAGCUUCCCAGGGCGAACAACCUCCACAUCAUGCAGCUCAUCAGCCCAAAACCUUCACCAGUCCUCUGAACGAUGAUAUUAUUAAAAGACGACGCCUGUCGGAGAAUAAGUUUGGGAAGAUUGUCAGUGUUUUGGAAUCUAAACUACCAAAGCCAGACGUUUCUAUCCAGGCAAAGAGAGAGGAGCUAAAAGUAGAUACCGGUGCAACUUGUAAGAAGGCGUACAGUGAAGUGGUCAAACAGAAAAUCCCACCUAAGGAAGACCCCAAGGUUGUGCAGCCUAUCCAGGUAGUGUCAGUGAGCGGGGACCCCCAGAGUCUGUGCCUGUGGUGUCAGUUUGCGGCUGUCUUUUCCCACUACACUGUCACCUGGAGCAGAGGGGGCACUGUCCUCUCUGAGAGCAAGAGAAGUGCAGGGGACGAGAGCAGAGUGUCACUGAACAUCUCCAACGCUUCUCACAAAGACUUGGGCAAGUACCAGUGUCAGCUCACCAGUUUACAUGGAUCCGUCACCCUGGACUACCUGCUCACUUAUGAAGUACUCAGUGAGAUUGUCAUCCCUCCAUCUCCAAAGAUCCUCUCAACUGCCCCUGUAGAGGUUGGGAGUGAAGAGGAGGAUGUCCACUGUUCCGGGCUGAUUUUCAAAGAGGAUUUCCUGUCUGACCAACACUUUGGAGGGAACCAGCCUGCCAGCAUCAUCACUGAAAAGGUCCACUUUGGGGAGGGGAUGCACCGGCGGGCUUUCCGGACCAAGAUGCAGGCAGGUCAGAUACCCCUGGUACUGCCCGGACACUCCUGUGUGCUCAAAGUACACAAUGCCAUCAGUUACGGGACCAAGAACAACGACGAGCUCGUUCAAAAGAACUUUACCUUGGCUGUAGAGGAGUGUCAUGUCCAGAACACAGCAAGAGAGUACAUCAAGGCAUACACUGCUGCAGCCCAGUGUGUGGAGGCCUUCGGAGAGAUCCCAGAGAUCAUCCCCAUCUACCUGGUUCACCGUCCAUCCAACGACAUCCCGUACGCCACGCUGGAGGAGGAGCUGAUUGGUGACUUUGUCAAGUAUUCGGUGAAGGACGGCAAAGAGAUCAACCUGAUGAGAUGCGACUCGGAGGCAGGGCAGAAAUGUUGUGCUUUCCAGCACUGGGUCUAUCAUAAGACCGAGGGCAACCUGCUGGUUACUGACAUGCAAGGAGUGGGAAUGAGGCUCACUGAUGUAGGAAUAGCCACCUGUAAGAAAGGAUAUAAGGGCUUCAAAGGAAACUGUGCCACCUCCUUCAUUGACCAGUUCAAAGCUUUGCACCAGUGCAACACAUACUGUGAGAUCCUGGGUCUCAAAUCCCUGCAGCCCAAACCUAAAAAGCCUGCAUCUGCUCCCAAACCCAAACCCCAACCCUCCACUGCACCCAAGAAGAAAACGUUUAGGCCAACAGUGAAGGGCAAGUCAUAAUAGGAGGAGAAUCAUGGACUACGGGCUUUCAUUUUUAUUAAAAUGCUGACGGUUUUAAGUGAUUUUUGUCCAAAUUUUGGGGCUGCGGAAGGCCAGGUGAUGGAGAGGACAGAUAUAUUUGACUCUGAAGGAAGGGAGCGAUUGUGACGCAACCAGCUGCUGUUGUUUCAAAAUAGUUGCUUCAACUCGUGUUGAACAUUUGAGAGAUAUAUUUUAUUUAAAUGAGAUGAUUUCUGCACGAGGGCGUAUUUAUAAUCUGUGGGAGGACACUUUAUUUCACACGUUUUGGGAAAACGGUGACAGAUUUAACAAACACUUGAAUAUGAUGAUGAUGAUGUCUUAGAGAUUGCUUUAUUGACUUUUUCUUGUUUUUUUACUUUGGCGAUGUUUUCAAACUAUUAGUUCAUUAAAUUAAUGAACUUGUUUAUUAAUUGAUUAGCAGAAAUGUCUUUUAAGUAGGUUGUGUGAUCAAAUCGUAGACUGUAUAUAUAGAUGGACGACGCGUCUCCACUUCCUACUUCUGCACAUAAGCCAAAAUAUCCCUGAUACGGGAGCUGCCAUCUGGAGAUUUUGACGUCAUUUGGAGCUAGAGUCUGCGCAGACUUAUAUCAUCAAAUUUCUAAUUAAAACCAAAUUUAUCA